AUGGCUCAGCCCGGCAUCUCGCAAUUUUACGUGACGCCUCUCGCGCCGUCGCCCUCGCAGCCCGACGGGCCGGCGACGCAGCGACGCUACCACUACCUCGACUACCACCCGCCCCAGGGCGUGCCCCAGCGCGCCACCAUUCUCCUCCUCCACGGCUUCCCCGACUUUUCCCGCGGCUGGAGGAACGUCGUCGCCCCGCUCCAGUUCUCGGGCUACCGCCUGAUCGUGCCCGACCUGCUCGGGUACGGCCUCACCUCGGCGCCCCGCUCCUCGCCCGACGCCUCUGGCCAGAGCAGGAUCGCAGAGUACAGCGGCAGGUCCAUCUGCGCCGACCUUGACGGCCUCCUCGACCACGCAAAGGCCGGCCAGGGCGCCGAGUUUGGCUCGCACAGCUGCGACAGCCAGGGCCGCAACGGCCGCGUCAUUGUCGUCUCCCACGACUGGGGCGGAUGGCUCGGAUGGAAGACGGCCCAGUGGAUCCCUCACCGCAUCAUGGGCGUCGCAAGCUUGUGCGUCCCGUACCAGCCUCCCACGUCGAAGCCCAUCUCGAUGGACCAGCUCAUCCAGGGCCUGCCCAACUUUGGCUACCAAAAGUUCUUUGCCGACCCGCGAUCGACCAAGAUCAUCGAGGAUAAUCUGGAGCGCUUCUUCCGCAUCGUCUACAUGAUCCCCGGCCUGUUUAGCGGCGACGGCAACAUUGGCUCGCAGGCCGCCGACUGGUACCGCGAAGGCCAGCUCGAGAAGCUCCUGACCAGCCCCGAGUUCCAAAAGGUCGACCUGUCGAGCAUCGGCAAGAGCCUGCUCGACGAGGCCGAGUUGCAGCGAUACGUCUCGACCUUUAAGAGCCGCGGCAUGGAGGGACCGCUUACGUGGUACAGGACGCGUCCGAUCAACUACAAGGACGACCAGACCUUCCGUGAAAAGGGACUGCCCGCGACGCUACCCGCGCUGCUGCUCCAGCCGACCGACGACGUGGCCGUGCCGCCGUCAAUGGGCAAGGGAAUGCCCAAGCACGUGCCGGCCGUCAGGCUGGUCGAGAUCAACGGAUCGGGCCACUUUGCGCAGAACGAGCUGCCCAACGUCGUCGUGGCCGAGAUCAAGAAGUGGAUCGACGAGGCCAUCAUCCCGUCGGAGAAGAACGGCACCUGGUUCCAGUGGAUCAAGUCUAGGCUCUGA